UGGUCACAUGUUUCCGGUGACAUCACUAGGAGGUGAAUCUGGAGGAUGUGAACUAGCCUCUACCGAGCUCCAAUCUACAACCAGACCGUCCCCUUGGACUAUAACAUUUUCCUCUCUUCCCUGAGGGGAGAGAACUCUGCCGACUAUACCAUCUUCCUCCUAGUCCGAGGGGAGAGGCCUCUGCAGACUGUACCAUCUCUCAUAUACCAGGAAAUAGGCGAGGAGAUGGAAUUCCUUCUCUGAGAUCUAACAGUUAGUCCCCCCCCCCCCCUCCUCACCACUGGUUGGAUCUUCCCGGGCUCGGUGUUUCUUCUGGUUGUCACGAUGAGUCGGAUCUAUCACGAUAGAGCUCUGCAGAAUAAGCCUGUACACGAUGAGCGGGUGUCGGGCUCCUGGGACCCGGCUGUGUUGCAGAGUGGACAAGGCGUGCUCCUGGAAGGAACGUUGGUGGAUUUCUCUCGCCAUGUUAUUACAGACGCUAAAGGAAAAAAGGAACGGUGGUAUAUUGUCUACCUGAAACCUAGCAGAAUACAUCGAAGGAAGUUUGACAGUAAAGGAAAUGAAAUUGAGCCCAACUUCAGCGACACAAAGAAAGUGAACACCGGCUUCCUCAUGUCUUCUUUCAAGGUGGAAGCAAAAGGUGAAACUGACAAACUCUCAAUAGAAGAGCUGAAGAGUCUCAUCAACAAAGAGGAGCUAACAAGAAUUAGUGAUAAAUUCCUUCCCAAGGACACCGUGGCCUUUUGGCUCCCAGAAGCCGAGGUGGAGAAAACUGAACUGGAGAUCGGGGAGCAAUUACGGGUGAAGACAAUCGGCGACGGACCGUUUUUAUUUUCUUUAGCAAAAGUUGACGGUGGUACGGUGACCAAGUGCAAUUUUGCUGGUGAUUCUCAAACUGGAGCAUCUUGGACAGACAACAUUAUGGCCAACAAAUCUCACAGCAGUGCACCUGUUCCUGAAGCUCGGGGCCAAGGCGAUGGUGCAGAAGAUGAUGAAUGGGAUAAUUGAGGACGUGGAUUUUAUUCCUGCUGACAUUCCUCGGACCAAGUUACCACAACAAGAGACUCAAAGCACUCCCAUAUGGAAAAAGUAGAUACCUUAUUGAAUGUCGGUUGCAAGUCUGAGCCCUGGUUCACACUGAAUGCCAUUUUGACAUCAUGCUAAUUCACUUAAAGUAGAAAGAUUUCAAAGCCGCAGGUCAGUUCGAUUUCAAGUGCGACUUGCCUGACAUCUGCAACUUUAUGCACAGAUGUUUAGGCAAGUCGCACCUGAAAUCACAAAAAAUAUUGCGGAACCUUUUUUUUUUUCCAAAUCGGUGCGGCACUGCAAAGUCGAAUGGUUCUAUUGCCGACAAUAGGGGGCAACUCUUCAUGCAGUUCCAAAUCGCAUGGCAAGUAGCACCGGUGUGAACUGAGGCUGAAGCAUCCUGUCUGAUUUAAGUGUAUAACAGUUUGUAGGAUUUCUACAAAUGCUGACAGCUUGUAGACUAAGCCCUGGUUCACACUGGUGCGAUUUGACAUGUCAGAUCGGCGGCAUUUGCUGGCAAUGGCACCGUCCUAAUCG